GCCAACUCUUUAUGUCUAUUUAUAGCCCAUUCUUUUCUUUCUUUCAAUCAAAUUACUUCUCUCAUUACAUUUCAUCAACUUAUCAUUUUUACCUCUUCUAUAUUUCCAGAAGAUGAAGCCCUUCUCGAUUUUCGUUGUAAUCAUUCUGCUUCUUCAGGUUUCUUUGGGCCAUUCAUUUCUCAGUAAUUCUGCAAACUUUCAUGCAAAUAUUGAUGAAGGAAGUGAUGCUGUUGCCAUUGACAAGAAACAUCACUAUAAGAAAAUCAAUUGUGGGUAUGCAUGCUCAAGGAGAUGCAAGGAUUCAUCAAGAAAGAAUGUGUGCCAUAGAGCAUGUAGAAGUUGUUGCUUGAGAUGCCAAUGUGUUCCACCAGGCACCUAUGGCAACAAGCAAGCAUGCCCAUGUUAUGCAAGCCUCAGAACCCAUGGAAAUAAACCCAAGUGCCCUUGAAUUUCAUCCCCCACUCUAUAAAUCUUCAUCAAGUUAAUGCCUUUGUAUUAAUCUCUAGUUAAUAAAAUUGUUAUAUGAUCAAUAAGAGGGAAUGCUUUUCAA